GCGGCGGCGGCGGCGAGGGGGGGGAAGAUGGCGGACGUGCUCAGCGUCCUGCGACAGUACAACAUCCAGAAGAAGGAGAUUGUGGUGAAGGGAGACGAGGUGAUCUUCGGCGAGUUCUCUUGGCCCAAGAAUGUGAAGACCAACUAUGUAGUUUGGGGGACUGGAAAGGAAGGCCAGCCCAGAGAGUACUACACAUUGGAUUCUAUCUUGUUUCUACUUAAUAAUGUGCACCUUUCUCAUCCUGUUUAUGUCCGACGUGCUGCCACUGAAAAUAUUCCCGUGGUUAGAAGACCUGACCGAAAAGAUCUGCUUGGAUAUCUCAAUGGUGAAGCAUCAACAUCAGCAAGCAUAGACAGAAGUGCCCCUCUAGAAAUAGGUCUUCAGCGAUCUACCCAAGUCAAGAGAGCUGCAGACGAAGUUUUAGCAGAAGCAAAGAAACCACGAAUUGAGGAUGAAGAGUGUGUGCGUCUUGAUAAAGAAAGAUUGGCUGCUCGUUUGGAGGGUCACAAAGAAGGGAUUGUACAGACUGAGCAGAUCAGGUCUUUGUCUGAAGCUAUGUCAGUGGAAAAAAUUGCUGCAAUCAAAGCCAAAAUUAUGGCUAAGAAAAGAUCUACUAUCAAGACUGAUUUAGAUGAUGAUAUAACUGCCCUCAAACAGAGGAGUUUUGUGGACGCUGAGGUGGAUGUGACACGAGAUAUUGUCAGCAGAGAGAGAGUAUGGAGGACACGAACAACUAUCUUACAGAGCACAGGAAAGAAUUUUUCCAAGAAUAUUUUUGCAAUUCUUCAGUCUGUAAAAGCCAGAGAAGAAGGACGUGCUCCUGAACAGCGACCAGCUCCAAAUGCAGCACCUGUGGAUCCUACGUUGCGUACCAAACAGCCUAUCCCAGCUGCCUACAAUAGAUAUGACCAGGAAAGAUUCAAAGGAAAAGAAGAAACGGAAGGCUUCAAAAUUGACACUAUGGGUACCUACCAUGGUAUGACGCUGAAAUCUGUAACGGAGGGUGCAUCAGCCCGUAAGACCCAGACUCCUGCAGCACAGCCAGUACCAAGACCAGUUUCUCAAGCAAGACCUCCCCCAAAUCAGAAGAAAGGAUCUCGAACACCCAUUAUCAUAAUUCCUGCAGCUACCACCUCUUUAAUAACCAUGCUUAAUGCAAAGGACCUUCUACAGGACCUGAAAUUUGUCCCAUCAGAUGAAAAGAAGAAACAAGGCUGCCAACGAGAAAAUGAAACUUUAAUACAGAGAAGAAAAGAUCAGAUGCAACCAGGGGGCACUGCAAUUAGUGUCACAGUUCCUUAUAGAGUAGUAGACCAGCCGCUUAAACUUAUGCCUCAAGACUGGGAUCGGGUUGUAGCAGUUUUUGUGCAGGGUCCUGCAUGGCAGUUCAAAGGCUGGCCAUGGCUUUUGCCUGAUGGAUCACCAGUUGACAUAUUUGCUAAAAUUAAAGCCUUCCAUCUCAAAUAUGAUGAAGUUCGUCUAGAUCCAAACGUUCAGAAAUGGGAUGUAACAGUAUUAGAACUCAGCUAUCACAAACGUCAUUUGGAUAGACCAGUUUUCUUACGGUUCUGGGAAACAUUGGAUAGGUACAUGGUAAAGCAUAAAUCCCACUUGAGAUUCUGAAUUUUACUUGGUUUCCCUUUUUCUGGAGAUCUGGAUUAAGAAGCAUGGAUAUACCUUGACCUAAAGACUGAGACUCAAGCUUUAUGAAUUUAUCAAGAACUUACAAAUGAAGAAGGUCACAGAUCCAUCUUUUAUAAGACCUUAUUUGAUGCUUUAUGCUUCAAAGGGAUGAUGCUUGUCAUCCAUAUAAGCAAACUUUUUGGCUUACAACUAUUUUUUUAAUAUUAGCCUUCUAGUCUGUAACGGAAAUUGUAUAUUUUGAUAGAAGUUUUUUCUCCAUUGGUUAAAUUAGCAUUACUUAAAAUUUGUUUCUUUAGAAAAUAAAUGCAGGUUAUAAAUGUGUGUAUAUUUAGAGGUUAUAAGGCUCUCUAAGCCAUCUUCUGAUUUUUCAUUGCUCUAUAAUUCCUUUUAUUGAAAAUAGUAUGCUAUGAAUGGAAUCAAAUUUUAGUCUCUGGAACUUCCAAAACUAGCAAAGGGAUGUGACUAUUUUGAAUGAAUCAGAAUGUCAACCUGUAUGUAUACUAUACCUAUACUUAUUCUUUAUUUAAAAAAGAAUAAUGAAAAAUCAAGAACAAUUCUUCAGCUUUGGUUGAACUGUUCGGCCUUUUCAAGACUUCUUUACUUACAAUGAAUACAUUGAAUGAAUGUACAUUCUUCUUUCUCACUGACUUUGGUGAUUUUAAAACUUAGAAUGAUAUAUUUCUAUCUGUGCUAUCUUUCCACUUGAAAAAUCUCAGAAGACAGAUUAAAAACAUGAUAGGCUGUAGUACUUUUUGUUUUGGGAGCCAGAGUAUGUUUGGGGGAAAGAAAUGUAUUAGUCCUACUACAAUGUAACUUUAACUUUCUUAUCUUUCUCAUAAGUUCACCUUUGAAUCUUACUUUGUAUGUAUGGUAUAGGUUUUGAGUCUUCUGUUUCUAGGCAUGUUGAUCUUGGAGUUCUUAUCUUCCAUUAUCCCUAAAUAUUGAUAACUCUCCCAGACACCAAAGAACACAUUUGCUUAAUUAAGUGUCUGAACAGAAACAAGAUAAAAACACUGGUAUUUUUAUGUGCGUAUUCAAUAUCGUAUAAAAUAUAAAACCUAUAUUUUAACUUAGUAAAAUAUUUUACUACUUCUCUAGAGUGUUGCAUCCAAGGUACAAUGAAUGAGCAUUUUCCUUGAGUCUUGAUUUCACCUUUUAUUACUUAAAAGCAACUGGAGCCUCUACUCCCCUAAAGAGUUUUCGCCAUUAGGAUUGUUGCUGAUUGUUCAUCUUGUGUCAUUUUUUUUCUCCAUUUUUUUUCCCCAGUGAUCUCUCUUAAAUGAACAUUUUUUUAGUAAACAUUUAGCUCCUUCUUAUGUUAUGCUGACAUUACCUAGCUUCAUUUUGAAAUUUAAUGCUAUCAUAAGAAUGAGAAGCACUUAUUUAUUUUUAAAGUAAUCACAGAAGUCCAUACCAAUAGUGGAUAGAAAAAAGUAUUUAUUCAUGUGGAAUUCACUAUGUUCUUAAGAAAAGCAGUCAGCAUUUUAAAUUAUUAGAUUAUAGGAUAUUUAUAAGGUUUGAACAGAUUCUACCCCCUUCCUUUCUGUGCACCUCUCUUCUUGAAAACAAAAGAACUCAAAUUUGUUCACUUUAGACUUUCUCAUCAUAUAAACUGUUUUCAAAAUGAAUUAAUGUACUGUAUAAACUUUCUCCAUGAUGAAAUCGUCAAAGACUAGAAUCUGUACUAUUUUAAUGUAAGAUUACUUGUUAAGACUACUACAAGUGGACGAGAACUACCUUUCUAUAAAAAUUUUUAGUAUUUAUACUUAUGUCAUAUAUGAAAUUUACUUGAUACAGAGUGUGGUUAAAAUUGGGAACAUCUACUUUAAACAGGGUUUAUUUUUCUAUCUUGAAUUUGCCUUAUGUAUAUUCAAAGGCUUCUGGAAAUACUGUAAAGGAACAUUAGGAAAAGUACAAAUAUGCUAUGCUGUAUGUAUUUUAAAAUCAAACCCUUAGUAUGUACUUAAUUUUCUUUUUCUUUUUUCAGCAGUUCAGUCCCUCAUUUAGGUCCAUGUAAUUAGUGUAAUAGUCAUUAAUUCCAAAACAAUUUUUUUUCAGCCAGUCAUUAUUCGUUAUCUCAUGACUCCCAAGUCCUACAGCAGCACCUAUCACUGUGCCUUGCACAUAAUAGGCGUUCAGUAAAUAUUUAUAUGCAUGAAUUAAUGAACUUUUCAGUGUGACUGAUUUAUUACAAAAAGUACUUUGACUAGGUCUUGGAGUUUGAAAUACAGAAAUACAGGGAAUGAAGAGGUACACAUAGAUGUUUAAUGGAAAUGAGGUAUACAUUAAUGACCUUGACUUACCAUAAGUUACUGUUAACUGGAGACACCCUUGCUUGUCCCAUUGGUAAAAGAAAACUUCCAUUUCUUUAUUCAUAGGACACUUUUCUGAGUCAGGUAACAUUAAGAAACUUGUAGGUUUCAGUCAGUUAAUUGUUCAACCUUGACUGCACGUUAGAAUCACUUGGGGGACCUUUUAAAUAUUUAUUGCCUGAUUCCUGAUUCUGAUUUAAUUUGUGCUGAGACCUGAUCAUCAGUAUCUUUAAAAAGUUGUUUAGGUAAUUUCAUGUUCAGAAAGGAUUGAGAAUCACUGAUUUAAUUUGUUGUUGAAAACAAUGCCAGUAUUAAAUGUCGUAUUUCCUCAUCUCCCGCCUUCCCUCCCUCCCUCCCUUCCAUCCCUCCUUCUCUCCCUUCUUUCCUUCUCCCUGCUUUCCUUCUUUCGUUCUUUCUUUCCUGCUUUUACUUUUCCUCUUGGUGGCCACCCUUUGCACUAGACUGACCCCCUUAUUGAUGGUAUUGGCCUGUAGUUCCACAUAACAAAUUCAAGUCUUAUUUAUUUAAUAUAGGAGUAUUUUGCUGUUUAAUAUUUAAACAAUGUUUAAUAUAUUGCAUUAUAAACUAGUAUUAUAGUUUAUGAUUUGUUUCCCAUGUGUCCUUAUCCUUAUUUUUUUUUUUUAACAGCAGCAUGAUAACAAUCCAUACAGAAAUAACUAGUUCAUAAUGAGGAAAAUUUCAUAAUAAUUUUUAAGGUAGAAGAAAGUAAAGGAUUAAUUUCUUAUCUGCCAUGCAGAAUUAGUUUGCUUAUGAAAGGAAAGAGGCAUACUUUUUAAUUGGUCUGCACAGAAAAGUAAAUUAUUCAUUUAAAUAAAAUUCAUUAUCAAACAUUGAAGGAAAUAUUUUUCCAAAAUAAAAAUUUUUGUGACUCCUAACAAAGUUAAAGUGAUACAUUGUUCUUUUUUGGAGGGUGGGGAGGGAGUAUUUAGUUUCCAUAUUUCUUACUAUAUAACAAUUCCAUUUUAUUGGUAUUAACAGUAGAAAAUGAUGAUAGGAUACACAUUAUGUGGCCAGAAAUAAAAUGCCACUUUGUCAGAUAACAAUUAUCUGAGUCUUAGUUGUUGAACUAAUUAGUUUAUAAAACUUUUUGAGACCAACAGUGUAUUUUAUAAAUAUUAUAAAAGCUGACCAAAAUUAAAACAUGAAAAAUAAAUUUGAUUACAUGAGCCUUAAAUAUUACUUGACUGAAUUUUUAUUCACUUGGAUUUGAUAGUCAACUGGUUACCCUAACCAUAGUAAAUUAACUUUAGAAAUAAAAAAGUAAAAAUCACUGAAUUUGACUUAAGAACUGGAUUAGGAGUUUUGAAAUGUCAUGUCCUGUAUGUUCUGGCCUAUCCAUUGCCACAUUUGGCUGUAUAGUGAUGCCAGCAUGGUUUCUAUCUGUAUAUGUUGGAAUGAUAACCAAGGAAAAAUUGGAAAUGUAUAAUAGGUGUAUAAAAAUUAUAUUUAGUAAAUGCAUAAUAUGCAAUAAUACUUUCAGGUCAUUCAUCUUUUGGGGCUUAUAUGUAUUAUUUUAGGUAGUGUUUAUUAGAGUGAUCUUGAGAGUUAUAUAUAAAUGUAUGCCAUUUAAAUGAGUAAAGCUAAGGAGAUUAAUUUUAUUGCCAAAAUUCAAAAAGUGAAGUGAUGCUAUGUCAAAUUUAGGUGGGUGAUGUAUCUCUCUGAGAGUUUUGUUUGCUACUGAAUUCCAUUUCUAUCCAGUUUAAGUUUGCUAAAAGCUACUUAACCUCCAAGUUUGGUUAUAUAGUGCUUUAUAUAUAAUGUAGUUCAUUUACAUGGUAUAGGCACUAUAAAUGAUUGUUUACCCCCCAGUUUGUAUAUUUCUCAUGCAAAGUGGGUUCUUCAGUGGAACUUAAAUUUAGGCCCUGUGACCUGAUUAAAUGUUCUACUCAUUCUUACUCCAUUUCAGUGGAUUUUUAAGUUUCAACUUGUAAAUAAGUUUUGGGUAUAUUCCCACCCCCACUUCUUCAUCCUUCCAACCAAAAACACAUUCAACCAAGAAUACAGAAACUGUAUUGUGUUGUAGGAUAUGGAUGAUGACAGUCUUUUCAAAAAGGGAUUUAGGAGAUUUUUCAGGCAUUGUAUUUGUUUUGAAAAUAAACGUAAUGGAAGUUUUCACUUUGAAAACUAAAGAGUUAAGUACAUUUACAGUCUUCUGUUAAUGUGUUAAAUAAUGGAGAGAAUCACAAUUCUUCCUAAAAGUAACAAGCUACAUGCUCUAAUGAGCUUAGUUUGGUUAUGGUCCAACUUACCAAGUCCUUAUUGUUAGAAUGUUAUUUACCAGCAUACACUCUUAAGUCUAUUAUCUUUCAGCAGUUUGGGCACCCUGAUUUUAACAUUUUGUAGUUUGAAAACAAACUGCACUCCGCAUAUAAUCAAAUCAUUAACAACAUCAUGGUAUUAUUGGUGGUGCCAGUAAUAAUGUUUAACUCUUUUGCAACAAAAUUCCUUUAAUGAAGUGUUUAAUGGGCCCUAUUCAAACUUAAUUUCCAUUCAGUUCAUAAGUGCCUACUAAAUAUGUAUUUUAUCCUGCUCUUCUGUUCAUUUGAUCAUCUGCUUUUAGGCAGAUGAGCAUUCACAUAACUAAAAUAGAUACAGCAGGAGUUGUAAAUGCUGUUGGAUUUUUUAAGGCUCAAAGGUGCUAGUAUAUAAGAGCACAUUGCCAAAUAAGCUUUUUUUCUUCUCAUUUUCUAAAACAGUUUCCAUUUAUUUUUAAUUAAUGAUCAGUGUUUAUGGUGAGUUGGAAAACAUCCUCUUAAUUUCCUUCAGUGACCAUUAAAAAAAAACAUUAAAAAAGCAGCUCUAGAGAAGGCUAUGGUGUUGAGUCUGUCAUAAUUAUUUGUAGAUACUUUAUCAUAGAACUAUAGUUUAUAAUUCACCGUCAUCUAGAGAAUAUUGAUUUAUAUUACAUGACUAAUGUAAAUAGGGCUCAGGCCACAUAAGACCGAAGACAUCAGAGGUUUAGUUAAUCACAUUUGAAUAUUUUAUUGCGCUGUGAUUGAUUUGCCAAAAAAAAUCCAAAUGGAAACACAUUGGGUUAUACAGCAUUGACUAUGAUAAAAUAUGAUAAUGUAUACUCACAGAACUUGCCUUCAUGGAGUUUAACAUGUUAAAAAUGUAAAUAUGGUAA